ACAAGAUUCACGUGAUAUGGGUGCAAAAUAUUUAAAUGAAAUUGAUUUGGGUUCACGUGAGGAAUGUUUAAGAUUAUGUUGUGAAACUGAUAAUUGUGAUGUGUUUGUGUUUGAGGAAAAGAGCCCAGGAAGUUGUUAUUUGUUUCAUUGUGGACCACCAGAAGAUUUUAAAUGUAAAUUUACACGACAUGUUAAUUAUACAAGUGCUGUGUUAGCUAUUAAUAGACAUACAGAAUUAGAAACUGAAAUUAAAAUGACAAAACAUGAACAGGAUUUGACGAGAUUAAGAAAACCGGAUGACACAUCUUUGGAACAAAUUAAUCCAGUUCCUGUGUCUCAUCAUGAAACAACUAUUAAUCCUGGAAUGGUUCCGUCUACAACAACGCAAGAAUCUUCAAAAGAUUUGUUAAUUGAGUCAACAAACACAGUAAAAGAAUCAAGUAGAACAUGUAGCCGUUAUCAAUUUGAAUGUCGUUCAACAUCUGAAUGCAUUGCAAUAUAUAAUGCAUGUGAUGGUAUACCACAAUGUGCUGAUGGAAGUGAUGAAGCACCUGAAUUAGGUUGUCCAGCCACAACAACAGCUCCAUCAUCAGCAUUUAUAUCACCAUCAUUUUCACCUAUUUUAGCGCACCAACAACUGACUGGUAUGAAAUCACCACCGCGACCUAAUUUUCCAAAUUAUGAUCAAACUUCAAUUACAAAAUACUCCGAGCAAAGACCCCAAUUAAAAGAUUCAAAUUUACAGCCUCCAAAUAAUUUAAUACAAUAUAAUAAUAAUGGGCCAGAUCGUAAUCCAUUUGGGAGUGGUAUUGGCAAUGGACAACAACGUAUACCAUCCGAUUUAAAUUCAUUACAAAUUCCACCACCAAGAGCGUUACCAGUAAUGUCUGCCUCUGCAUAUAAUAAUGGUGGAGAUGUACCACGUAAUAAUUUACCAAUUCCACAACAAGCUUUGCCACAACCACAAUGGAUUCCACGACAAACAAACGAAAUGCCUGCAGAUAUGUUAUCAAGAAAUCAAAAUCAAUAUCCAGAUCAAAAUAGCCACAUAUUCAAUCAUAAAUUGAAUCAAAUCCAAGUGGGCGACACGGCAGACAGUUUACCACAAAUGCAUUACGGCGAUGUACCGAAAUUACCAAAUUUCUAUAACAAUGAAUAUAAAUCACAAAUGCAAUUACCAGAAGCAUGGCAACAAAUGGCAAAUGGACAACAAGAUCCCUUAUUUAAUCCAUACUUGCAAAAUGACCUACAUGAAAAUUGGCCACAAAUGCAGUUGCCCCAAAAUAUGCUAAACAGACAAGCUUUCUAUCCUCCAUCCCAGCAGCAACAAUUGGAUUUACCAGUAUCGAAUUGGAAAUCUCCAUCAAAAUUAAAAGAUAAUAAGAAAUUAGAUGAAAAUAACAGUGGUAAUAGUGGUGUAUAUGACAAAACAUUAGCAGAUUUACACCAAGACAAGAAAAAUAUAUCAUCAAAUAGUAAUAAUGACACUCUACAACAACAACAACAUUUAGCAAAUAAAAAUAAUAAUACAACAAAACAACAGACAAUUAAAAAAAAUAAUUCCGCGCAUCAUGAAACAAAAAAACACCAUCAUUCACAUCAACAUCAGCAGCAUACACCAAUGGCAUCCGAAUUAAAAAUGACAGAUGAGUUCGUUGAAAUGGAGGAAAUAACUGUUGAUAAACCCAGUGGAGCAAUACUAUCAUUAACUUUAGGUUUAUGUAUUACAAUGAUUAUGGUUGCAAUAGUCGGUUGUCGAUUACGUGUUGUGCGAAAAAGAAUGCGACGUGGUGGAAAAUCACCAUACGCUCAUGACGCAGAUUAUCUUGUAAAUGGAAUGUAUUUAUAAAUAACCUUUUGCUCCAUCUAUUUCCUAAAUGUCGAGACAUCCUAAAUGAAUUAAUUAUGAACACAAUAUGGAAAAAAACUUUCACUAAUUAAUGGAACUUUCUGGCAUAUUGAUUAAAGAAAUUAUUGGAAAUGAUAGAAAUAUAAAAUGACUCAAUCAAAUUGCGGAUCACUUUACAGUUGAAGGUUAAAGCGGUGUUGAAGAACAUAAUACGAUUUUUGCAUAAUA